AGACGAACUUUGUUUGGUAUUGUGGGUGGGUGUCUUUCGUCAUUCUUCAUAAUAAAGGCAUUACUGAAGGUUUACGACAGCUUAUCAGUGCUGAAAAUGGGAAAAUGUAUGUCAAACCUUUCGAACGCCCACUUCCGGAUCAUCCGUCGGGAACGGGAAUAGAUCCAAAUGCGAACCGACAGCAUCGCUGUGGGCCAAUACACGGAAGAAUACAGUGAUUUACAAUGUUUGAUCUUUCAUCUCUGUCUGUGACCUGGACCCUGGUGGUUCUGGUCAUAACCCUCCUGUAUUUGUAUGGUGUUUGGCCACAUGGAUUUUUCAAAAAACUGGGAAUUCCAGGACCAAGACCUUGGCCUUAUUUUGGCACAUUUCUCUCCUACACUAAAGGCUUUUAUAAUUUCGAUAUGGAGUGUGCUAAGAAGUAUGGAAAAGUAUGGGGGAUCUAUGAUGGAAGGUUGCCGAUACUAAUGGUCACAGACCUGGAAAUGAUCAAAACGAUUAUGGUGAAAGAAUGUUAUUCUACCUUCACUAACCGAAGGGAAAUAAAUGUGGAUCUUGCUGGCCCCCUUGCUGAUGGAAUAACUGCAGUUAAAGAUGAGAGGUGGAAGCGAAUCCGUGGUACACUCUCUCCAUAUUUUACUAGUGGCCGGCUGAAGGAGAUAUUUCCUAUUGCUUUGACACAUGCAGAUCGGUUUAUUAAAAAUAUGCAAAAGAGAGACCACGAGCAGCCGGUUAAAAUUAAAGAAGUUAUGGCUUCAUACAGUUUAGAUGUGGUCACCAGCUCAGCUUUUAGCGUUGACAUCGACUCCAUAAACAACCCUGAUGAUCCUUUUGUUACCAACAUAAAGAACUUUUUAAAGUUCAAUCUAUUUGGCCCUUUCGUUCUUCUUUUGACUUUAUUCCCCUCUAUUGCAAAUCUUUUGGGGAAGAUGGGAUUAAGCAUGUUUUCAAAGCCGACUGUGGCUUUUUUCUACAAGGCCCUGAGAAAGAUAAAGGACGAGCACAAGGAUUCAAAUGGUCGGGUAGACUUUUUCAGACUCAUGAUCCAGAAUCAAAUACCUGAUGAUCAAGUGAAGGACACCACAAGUGAACAACCAGAAAAAGGAUUAACAGACCAUGAGAUUCUCUCCCAAUCUUUCAUUUUUAUCAUGGGCGGUUAUGAGACUACAAGCACGACUCUCACUUUCCUCCUCUAUAAUCUUGCUACUAAUCCAGACUGCCUGGAAAUGCUGGUCGAGGAGAUUGACAAAAACUUCCCUCUUGAUACUCCUAUCUCAUACGAUGCAUUGAUGAAAAUGGAUUACUUGGAAAUGGCCAUAAAUGAGUCAAUGCGUCUCCUUCCCACUGCCCCACGCCUGGAAAGGGUCUGUAAGAAGGCUAUAGAGAUGAAUGGCAUCAGCAUACCAAAGGACACAAUGAUUACAAUUCCUACAUAUGUUUUAAAUCAAGACCCGCAACUCUGGGAUUCUCCUCAUGAGUUCAGGCCUGAGAGGUUCAGCCCAGAGAAUAAGUCUGAGUUUCUCCAGUACGCUUUCAUGCCUUUUGGACUCGGCCCUCGAAAUUGCAUUGGGAUGAGAUUUGCUUUAAUGAUCGUUAAGCUUCUUGUUGUGAAGCUGCUACAGAACUUCAGUGUGGAAACAUGUAAAGAGACGCAGAUUCCUCUAGAACUGAAUCCUGUUUUUCAGCCAAAGGUUCCCAUCACACUGAAGUUAACACCAAGGAAAAGGAAUAAUUAAAAUACAGAUCACGUUUUUGUAAUUGUGCAGAUUAAUUUAUGUAGAAUUUUAAACAUUUACAUGCAGCUUCAUUUUAAGUAUCCAUAUUUUACCGUAAGCUCCGACUUUUUUAUAUUCAACAAUUACAGCAUACUAUUUCAAUUCAUGCUGCUGAUGAUUCCUGAUUAAUUCGUUUUGUGUAGUUUGUUUUAUACUAUUUAAAAUGUAAGUAAAAGUCGGCGCCAAUAGCCUAGUGGUAAAGUGCGCCGACAUAUAGCCCCAUAGUGCUCGUGGUGACCCAAGUUCGAUUCCCGGCUUGAGGUCCUUUGCUGAGCCUUCCCCUCUCUUUGCUCCCAAUACUUUCCUGUCUGCAACCUCUAAUGUCCUAUCCAAAUAAAGGUGAAAAACCAUGAAAAAAAAAUGUAAGUAAAGCACUACAUGUCAAAUUGACCAUUCAGUUGUACGCAUGUCUAAUUUUAUAACAGUAUAAAGCAAGCACUGAAUGCUGUAUAAUCAGGUGUUUGAUAACAUAAUUCAUUUAUUUUUCUUAAGUAGCUGAACAAAAUACCUCUACUUUUAAUUAAAUUAGGGGACAAAUGUGACCUUUUUCCAAUCUUUUUUUUUUCUUUUACAUCUGCCCUGAAAUUAAAAACGUCUUAGUUUCAAAUUAUAAAACAGUAAAUCAAUAUCAAAACAUAAAUGAAAUGUAUAAAUAUUUCACAAAAAAUAAAAGUCUAUUUUAAAUUAUUCAUUUAUUCAUUCAUUUUCCUUCAACUUAUUUCUUAUGUAUCAGGGCUAGCCACAGCAGAAUGAACCGCUAACUAUAUGGCAUAUGUUUUUUCAGCUGCAACCUAGGACUGAAAACAUCUAUACACUCUUGCAUUCACACACACAUGGCCAAUUUAGUUAAUCCAAUUCACCUAUACUGCACGUCUUUGGACUGUGGGGGACACUGGAGCACCUGGGGGAAAACUUACAUCAACACGGGGAGAGCAUGCAAACUCCACACAGAAAUGCCAACUGGACCAGCUGGGACUGGAACCACCACUGAGCCGCCCUGUUUUAAAUGAUAAAAGGUCAAUGUACUUUUAAAUUUAGAGCUGAUUAAUGCCUAAAUGUAUAGAAUGGUGUGUCUUUAUGCAUUUAAAACCUUGAUAUAGCAAAAGAUAUGAUGAAGCAAUUUAGCUUUUAAGGACAAAUUUACAAACACACACAAAUUAAUAACUUAAGAGGCACUUUGCAAAAAGUUGAUUUUCUCGUUGGAGGAAACUAAACUUCUGAGCCUACUGGUCCAUUGAUAAACACCUUACAAUACAUUUGUGUGUCCUGUUUUAUGAAUGAAAA